AUGAAAGAACCUCUAUUAGGUGGUGAGGAUGACAAGGCAAUGGCUCCACAAUUGUUGCAUCUAGAUGACAUUAAGACAGAGCCCAACAAUGAGCAAGAAUAUUUUCAAACUCAACAGACUAAAAAUCAAGAAAGUGAACUGAAAAUAAGCACAUUUUCAGACAAUGCUUCACAGUUGUCAACAAGCAUUCCACUUUCUUUAGCAUCAUCUAGCAUGAAGAAAGUGCUUCCUUCAGUUUCAGCCAUACCUACGCAGGUUUCCUGUUCUGUUUGUAAAAAAAUUCUUCAGCAGGGGCAAACUGCUUUUCAGAAGAAAGGGUCUCCUCAGCUUUUCUGUUCCACAGCGUGCAUCUCUGAAAACAAUUCGCCUGUCACUUCACCAGCUCCUUCCAAAAGAACUUGCUCAAACUGCACUAAAGACAUUUUAAAUCUGAAGGAUUUGAUCAGUGUUCAACUGGAAGAUACUACCUUUAGCAAAUAUUUUUGCAACUCAUCUUGUCUUUCAUCAUAUGAAGAAAAAAGAAAACCAUUUAUUACCAUAUGCAAUAAUAGCAUUUCAACCAUAUGCAGCAUAUGUCAGAAGACUACUGCUAUUCAAUAUGAAGUAAGAUACCUGAACAUGGAACACAGUCUUUGCAGUAAUAUCUGCUUCUUACAGUUUCAUUCAGCUAACAAUCUCUCCAUGAACUGCUGUGAGAACUGUGGGGUAUAUUGUUAUACUAGUUUUAGUUCAUUCCACACACUUCAGGUGGAAGGACAGGCUCAGUGCAGUUCAAAGAAUAUCACACAAUACAAGGAGAAACGAGAAAAAGUACUUCCAUCUGAUCCUUUCGAAUCAUGGAAUCGUGCAGAUAAAAUUAUUGAAACUACCAGUGACUUUGGGAAGACACAGCUUUUCUGCUCUUAUCAUUGUUAUUCUACUUACAAUAAAACUAAAAUAGAAUCUUCUACAGGUAACUAAAUUGUUCCCAUGGUGCAGGAGUCUUCAGCUGAGCUCCUUUCUCCGAAAGAUACAACUCCAGUUAUAAGCAGUAUAGUGUCACUGGCAGAUCCUCAUAGUGACCUGCCAGUUGUGAACACAGAUGUCUUAGAAGGUACAAUUUGUCCAAUAACAGCAGAUGUCGCUACAGAUUUUCCUAAGAGUUCACCCAGUGAAUCAAGUGCUACUAAUAAUAUUAUGGAACAGCCAAGCCUUUCAGCAUCUUCAUCAGUUCUCAGUCAACAUAAAGUUGUCUGUAAUACAGAAAUACAAAAAGAUCAAUUGGCAAGCCAGGAUCCUGCACAUAAUAUGAAAUCCAUGAACAUAAGUAGACAGUGUCAUCCAAAAUUUACAUGCAGAAUACGAAAAGUUAAAAGAAAGCCACGAACUAUUAAAAAAUCUUGGUGUUCAAAUCAGCAUUUGGAAGACAAUACUAAAAAGGAUGUCCCAUUCUGUUAUUCAUGCCAGUUGUUCUGCCAAAAAAGUUUUAGGUCUGGGAGACAGUCAUUUAGAAGCCAAGGAAUUUCUGAUUGGGAAAAAACCAUGACAGCUUUCAGGAAGCAUGAAAAAAGUGAGAUGCAUUUGAAGUCAUUGCAGUUUUGGAAAGAAUACCAGCUUUGUGAUGAAACUUUAACUAAUAAUUUGUCUAUUCAUUCAAAAAACAAAGAGGAAAAUAAAAGCUACCUAAAAUUUCUUUUUGAAAAUAUUUUAUUUCUUGGAAAGCAGUGUUUAGCCUUCAGAGGAAAUGACCUUUCUAUUUCAUCUAUAAAUAAAGGCAAUUUUUUAGAAUUAUUAGAAAUCAGAGCAAAGGAUAAAGGAGAAGAAAUAGUUCAACUUUUGAACUCACAAAUUGACUUCUAUACUAGUUCACAAAUCCAAACUGAAAUUACUGAAAUGAUAAAGUCUGAAAUGUUACAAGAUAUUGUGAGUGAGAUCAAUGUAUCCCCAGCUUUUUCCAUAAUAUGUGAUGAAACAACUGAGAGUGCCACUAAAAAAUUGCUUACAAUUUGUAUAAGAUAUCCACACAAAACAUCAAAAGCUAUCUUAGUAAAAGAAAGAUUCUUGGGUUUUAUCGAUACUGAAGAAGUAAGUGGGACCAAUUUACAUUUGAUUAUCAAAACUUAUCUGCAGAAAAUUGGAGUUGAUUUGAAAAACAUGUGUGGUCAGGCUUAUAAUAGUACCAUUACUUUAAGGGGAAAUUUUAAUAAAAUUGCUGAAGAAUUCAAGAAAGACGAGCCAAGAGCUUUACAUGUUCAUUGCUAUGCACAUUUUUUGGAUUUAGCAGUCGUUAGGUUUUGUAAAGAAAUAAAAGAACUCCGAAGUACUCUAAAUACUCUCAAUAUUUUGUUCAACAGUAUUCAUACGUAUGGGGAAAUGUUGGCAAGUCUUCAAAACACGUGCAAACUAAGCCAAGACAAUAUAUGCAAGAAACACUUAUCACAAUCAUGUUGGACAGUCCAUGAUUGUGUAUUGCUAUCUGUGAUGGAGAAUCUCCCAGAGAUAAUUAAAGCAUUAGAAGUUAUAUCUAGGCAUUCUUCAAACACAGAUUUGACUGAUGAAUUGAAUAAUUUGUUGGCAUCGAUUUCCAAAUUUGAAUUUAUCUUUUGUUUAAAAUUUCUUUAUCAUGUACUGAGUAUUACAGGAAUUCUUUCCAGAGAACUUCAGAGUGAAACAAUGGACAUUUUUUCUUUGUCUUCAAAAAUAGAAACCAUUUUUGAAUGUUUAUCAUCUGAGAGAAAUGAUGUCUAUUUCAGAACUCUUUGGGAUGGAGCUGAGGAAAUAAAUAAAAAAAUAACUCAUAGUUUUGAAGUUGAAAAGCCUCUUCAGAAAAGAAGAAAAACUGAGAAAAGACAUAGCAAUUUAGGAAACAAUACUUCAACUGAAGAACAAUAUAAAAUUAAUAUUUAUUACCAAGGAUUAGAUACUGUAUUACAGAAUUUAAAGUUGUGUUUUUCUGAGUUUGAUUAUUGCAAAGUAAGGCAAGUUUCAGAACUAUUAUUUAAGUGGAAUGAACCACUAAAUGAAGCAACAGCCAAACAUAUUCAAGAAUUUUAUCAACUUGAUGCAGAUAUUAUCCCAGAACUUAGGUUUUAUCGGCACUAUGCAAAGCUCAAUUUUGUCAUAGAUUAUAAUUGUAUUGAUUUCAUAAAUCUUGGCUGUUUGUUUAUUAAGCAUGGUCUUCAUAGCAAUAUCCCCAGCAUUUCACAGCUACUACAUAUUGCAUUGUCUUGGCCGCUUACUUCAAGUGCUAAAAGCUUCUUUUCUUCACUGCCUCGCCUUAAAACAUACAUAUGUCAUACCACAGGACAAGAGAGGUAUAGUGAUAUGGCCUUAAUGGCAGUUGAGCAGGAAUUAGUAAAUAAGCUCAUGGAGUCUGAAAGACUCAGUAGAAUUGUGGAAAAGUUUAUCAGAAAGAAAUAA